UGGAUUAGUUGUACAUGUGACAUUAACGCCGAAGCGCGUGCAGUGAACGUUCACAAAUAUAAACUGAAAUCUUUCUUCGUCGAUCUUAUAAUAAAUGUGUAAAAGCUCGUAUCGAGCGAUCAGAGUGCCUGUGUUUGUUAUUCAUAAAAUUUGUUAUCAAAUUGUUAUUAAAAGUUAAAAAAAUGUUCAUGGUCAUAUCGAUCGGCGCGCAUUGCGUCGGCAAUCUAGCUGCUUAUUUCAACAAAUCGCGCGAAAAUUCAACAACUUCCGUCGGUAGCGGCAAUUUGUCGGAGCACGAAUACGACGCGUCGCAGGACGGCUCGUCGUGCGUGGGCGCCGGCACGGUGCAGCGAUUCAACAACAAGCCCCGAUACACCCACUUCAUCUCCAUACCGCUGAACGAGCAGAGCUUGCAGUGGCGCAUGCAGGACUUUCAGAGCGACGCCAUCGCCUACUGCGCCGUCGACUCGCCGAGUCUGUCCUAUCUCUUUCAGAAGCCGGAAAAGCUCCACCUGACCGUCUGCAUGCUGUCGGUGCCGGAGGAGAGGCUGCAGGAGGCCCUCGACGCUUUCAACCAUUGCAAAGAGAAAAUAAUAAUGCCGCUUCUGAACAAUAAUCCUGCACCCGUGCUCGAUUUGAAGGGGAUCGGGACGUUUCCGACGAAUGCCAAGAGGGCUCGGGUCGUGCACAUCAAUGCCAUCGACAAUACCAAGACGAUCGAUAAGUUGAUGAAGGCCGUCAGCGAUUACUUUUUAGAUUUGGGUUUAACGAGGAAAGAUAAAGUUUAUUCGAAAAUGCACUUGACAGUGAUGAACGCUAGUUUCACCAGCCGAAGGUCGAAAAAACGUCAUUACGUUUUUGAUGCAAGAAGAAUUGUGCAACGUUACAAAGACAUAAACUGGGGCUCCGUCCAUAUUUCGAUGCUGCACUUCUCAUCGCUGAAGGAGAAGGGCCCCGAUGGAUAUUUCCAUGCCCUUGCGCAUAUGAACAUUUAACCAUAAUAUUUAUUUUACUGAAUUGUAAAAAAUACUUUUUUUGCAAAUCGAUGUAUAAAUUCAAGAGGAUUAUUAACGUUAUCGCCAGAUUGAAAAAAUAUCUAUAAUUUUCGAUGAAUAUCUAAUAAAAUGAUGAAAAUAUCCUAUGAUUUUUUUAAGAUAUUUGCAUCAUUUACAUUGACAUUUGUCAAUACGCAUGGAUUUUUCUCAAAUGGAUAACGACAAAUUUUAGUUUAUUUUAAUA